CGCAAGAACGAGCAUGAUUCGCGCUCAGAGGCGCGCGCAGGGAGCAAACCGCGGAGGGGUGAUGUAAGAAACUGCUGUUUUUUUUUCUCGACAGGGAGUAACCUUUUUUUCACCCUCGUACUUUAUGAAUGUAUUGACGUUUAUGCAAUUACUGAGAAGAAUUACGCACUGUAGGACUGGUUCAACAUAUUUUUUCGACCUCUCAAUGCUUUUGCAGUUGCUUUAAAACUUUGUCCUGUUGCGUUACUGCAUCGUCGUUUAUUGACCAGUGAAGGUUUAGACAGAGAUGAAAACAGACUUUUUCUAGUUUUUUCUUUUCUUUUCUUUUGAUCAUAUCAACAUGUAGUAUGGGUCUUUUUCUCCCUAAGAAAGGAUAUCUUCAAGGAGAAACUGGUUAUCAGUACAUCUGCCCGGCAGGCAGUCAGUCUUGCCAUUUUAGAACUGCGGACAAACUGAGAGGCAUCGGUGCCCUCUCUACCCAAUAUCCAACUAUCGAUGACCUAUACAGGGACCCAGAGCUUGAAGAAGAUAGCCCGCCUAAAUUUAUCUCGAAAUUCAACUUCACUGAACGAGACCUCAUGCGCCACGUGGAUUUCAACAUAAAGGGAGACGACGUAAUUGUUUUUCUUCAUAUUCAAAAGACCGGGGGGACCACAUUUGGCAGGCACCUGGUAAGGAAUAUUCGUCUAGAGCAGCCCUGUGACUGCAAACUGGGACAGAAGAAAUGCAAUUGUCACCGGCCAGGCAAAGACGAGUCCUGGCUGUUCUCUAGGUUUUCUACAGGCUGGAGUUGUGGGUUGCAUGCGGACUGGACUGAAUUAACCAGCUGCGUACCUGUCAUCAUGGGGAAGAAGCAAGCUCAGAAGCGAAAAAGGAACUUCUACUAUAUCACCAUGCUGCGGGACCCUGUGUCCCGCUACCUGAGUGAGUGGAAGCACGUGCAACGUGGCGCUACCUGGAAGACAUCGCUGCACAUGUGUGAUGGGCGGGCACCCACACCCGACGAGCUGCCAGCUUGUUACCCAGGCGACGACUGGUCAGGCGUGAUGCUUCGCGACUUCAUGGCGUGCCCGCACAACCUGGCCAACAACCGGCAGACGCGCAUGCUGGCCGACCUCAGCCUGGUGGGCUGCUACAACCUAUCAUCCAUGAAUGAGAGUGCACGGGAUGCUGCCCUGCUUGCCAGUGCCACGCGCAACCUGAGGGGCAUGGCCUUCUACGGCCUGACCGAGUUCCAACGCAAGACGCAGUACCUGUUUGAGCGCACCUUCCGCUUGCGCUUCAUCUCAGCGUUCACGCAGCUCAACAGCACGCGCGCCGCCAGCGUGGAACUGCGGGAGGACGUGCGUCGGCACAUUGAAGGCCUCAAUGCGCUUGAUGUGCAGCUCUAUGACUUUGCCAGGGACCUGUUCCUGCAGCGUGUGCAAUUCGCCCACCGCCAGGAGCGGAUCCAGCACCGCCAGGAGCGGCGGAGGCGGAGCCGGCAGCACAAGGCCCCACCCCCUGGGCAGCGGCUGCGGCGGAAGGAGGAGCCAAUGCCGUCUCUGCAGGCUGCUACCACUGAAGAUUACGCAAGCCAGGUAGCUCACUGGUGA